CCGGGGGGAAGAGCAACUCAGCAAGACAGCUGCUCCCCUGCUUGCUGUAGGAGCAGUGCUUCAAACUGAGGUCAGUGGCGGACUUUCAGAGUGGUUUCCUGCUGCUGGAGGUAGCACUCCUUCUGCACAGAGCGCAGUAGAGACAGCUCCCUGUGGGUGUUGGUCAUGGCUGCGAUUUAUCAAGCAGUGUACAGGAGGGCUUCCUCUCUCUUCUGCAGGUUUCAUUCUACCUAUGUUAAAAAAAUGAGAUACUUAAAUGAGCUAAAGGAAGAUGAUGGCUUUUGUAGACAAGCCCGGACCUCAGGAACUUUCUACCUCUUUCACAAUCUCUCACCCUUCCUGCAAAAGGUUGGGAAGAAAUAUUUGCUACCACAGCUCAGUGCAGCAGAGAUGAAAAGGAUCCUCGAGAAAUUGAAAGAGACUGAACAGUGGAUAGAGAAGUCAGUGCUGAUCGGCUGUUCAGACGAGCACGUUCCACACUUUGCCCUGGAUUUAGCAGGAGCCUUGGAAAAAACAGUCAUUGAGUCUGAACUUCAGGGAUCGUUCACUGACUUACGAAAGGCUCUCUUUGUAGUGGAUGUGAAGGAUUCUCCUUUGCUGGCCUCGGCCCAGGCCCUUCUCCGGUGGCACGAGUCCCACCAGUACUGUAGCAAAACUGGGCAGCCCACUCAGAAAAACAUAGCUGGCAGCAAGCGAGUCUGCCAUGCCAGUGGAAUAACUUACUACCCACAGAUGUCUCCAGUGGUUAUCACCCUGGUGUCUGACGGCAGCCGGUGCCUCCUUACACGACAGUCCUCGUUCCCUCAGGGGAUGUACACCGCUCUGUCGGGCUUCUGUGACCUGGGUGAAAGCGUGGAGGAGGCACUGCGGCGAGAGGUGGCCGAAGAGGUGGGCCUGGAGGUGGAGUCCUUCCGGUACUCGGCCUCCCAGCACUGGCCCUUUCCCAGCAGCUGCCUAAUGAUAGCCUGUCACGCGUUGGUGGGGGGACAGCAGACUGAGAUCAGUAUGAACAGCCUGGAACUGGAAGAAGCCCGUUGGUUUGGCCUGGAGGAAGUCUUGGAGGGGCUCAAGAGAGAUCACACAUCUUCAAAGCAAGACGAUGGUAGUUUUUUACCCUGGUUUCCUCCCAAGCAUGCCAUUGCUCACAAGCUGAUCAACGAGUGGGUUAAACAGCAGACUUCCCGGCCGACCUAGGUGUAAAGACUUCAUCAAGUCUGUGACUCUGCCAGAAUUACAAAAGCUUUAUGUAAAAGCUUCCAAAGCUACUGAAGACAAAAGUGUCUUAUGGUGCGGGUAGCACCAGACUGAUGGCAGUCUUACACUUGGAUACACAGACAUACAAAGCCAUUUCUAAACUGGUUGUCUCCGGGCAACUCCUUGUACACCGGACCUUGGAGAACCCACAACUUGCAGUAAAUAUGCAAUAAAAUUCUCAGUCCCAAAGCGCAAAACUUAGUGUCAUCUGCUGCAGGUGUUGCCCAGCAAUCAGGAGAACAGUAAGCCCCUGGCAGUUAUGUCCCCUUUUCCUCCAGUUUAUCCACCUGGAACUCUGGGGUGGAUAGCUGAACCCACAGUUUUCCUAUAUUAAGGGAGAGUGGCCUUUCAGUGUUCACAUGGAUAUGGAAUGACAAUCAAAAAAAAAAAAUAGAAAAGCCACUGCCUCAAUGCUCUCCCUUUCUUCUAUUCCCCUUGCCAUCAAUUCUUCCAGUUUCAUAUCAAACAUGUUAAUUUUUUGCAAGUGUUAAGCAGACUCCUACUUUGAUGGUUUGUCUGAGCAACUAAAACUACUUGUGGAGACACCAUUUUCCCUACCAGUAAGGCACAGCAUGAAUCUUCCAUCCUGAGGAAGAGAGAACAGAGCUACCUGGUGGUAGAGAGUGGAAGAGCAAAUCAACCUACGAGCACAUUAGAAGAACCCAAAUAACGCUGAGAGGGACUGCUGCAAGGAAGACUGCACUUCCAAC